AUGGUGCUCAUUUCCCUGGACCGCUAUUUGUCCAUUUGUGAGCCUCUGCAUUAUGCCACCCGAGUCACAGUGAAUAGAGUCAGAUGUUGUGUGUGCACCUGUUGGCUCUGCUCCGUUUGCUACAGCAGCGUCUUCGUACGGGACGGGCUGACUCAAUCCGGCAGGUACAGUUCCUGCCACGGAGAGUGCUUGCUUUUUAUCGACUACGUGACGGGGGCCGUCGACCUCGUUCUGACGUUCGCUCUCCCCGUCGCCGUCAUCGUGGUUCUGUACGUGAGAGUGUUCGCCGUGGCUGCGUCCCAGGCGCGCUCCAUGCGCUCGCACGCGUCGGUCAUCACUCACCAGCCUCCCGUGGGUCGGAAAGCCAAGAAGUCGGAGCUGAAAGCAGCCAGGACUCUUGGUGUCCUCGUGGUUUUGUUCCUAAUUUGUUUCUGCCCGUACCACACUGUCUCCCUGGUAACUCAAACAUUUAGAACUGGGUUUUGGUGGUUUUACCCUGUGGACGUGAGGGCUCGCUGCUUUAAAGACGUGUUUCUUCUCCCCACCAGGCACCUCCACACACCCACCAACAUCCUCAUCGUCUCCCUGGCCUUCUCUGACCUAAUCGUGGGCCUCCUGCUGCUGCCGGUAGAGAUCCUCCUCACAGUCUCCUGCUGGUUUCUCGGUGACCUCGCGUGUGCUUUGUUUAAUUAUGUGUUCUUCAUCAUUACCUCCGCCUCAGUCGGCACCAUGGUGCUCAUUUCCCUGGACCGCUAUUUGUCCAUUUGUGAGCCUCUGCAUUAUGCCACCCGAGUCACAGUGAAAAGAGUCAGAUGUUGUGUGUGCACCUGUUGGCUCUGCUCCGUUUGCUAUAGCGGCGUCUUUGCAGGCGAUGGCCUGACUCAAUCCGGCAGGUACAGCUCCUGCCACGGAGAGUGCUUGCUUUUCAUCGACUACGUGACGGGGGCCGUCGACCUCGUUCUGACGUUCGCUCUCCCCGUCGCCGUCAUCGUGGUUCUGUACGUGAGAGUGUUCGCCGUGGCUGCGUCCCAGGCGCGCUCCAUGCGCUCGCACGCGUCGGUCAUCACUCACCAGCCUCCCGUGGGUCGGAAAGCCAAGAAGUCGGAGCUGAAAGCAGCCAGGACUCUUGGUGUCCUCGUGGUUUUGUUCCUAAUUUGUUUCUGCCCGUACCACACUGUCUCCCUGGUAGGUGACAGCCAUCUUAGUAAUUUAUAUGUGUCCUUUGUGCUCUAUCUGUUUUAUUUCAACUCAUGUCUGAACCCUCUGAUAUAUGCAUUGUUCUACCCGUGGUUUAGAAAAGCAGUCAAACGUCUUGUUACUCUGCAGACCGGCUCCUGA